CCCGCACAUGCGUGCUGCGCCAGGAGCGGGGCGCUGCCGGAACGAUGAGCGCGGAGCAGUUGCGGCUGGUGCGGGAGCGCGUGCGGGACUUCCCGGACUUCCCCGCGCGGGGGGUCCUGUUCCGAGAUAUCACCCCACUGCUGAAGGACCCAGAGGCCUUCAGGGCGGCCAUCGAUCUCCUGGAAGCUCAUGUGAAGGACAAGCACCGCCGAGUGGAUUUCAUUGCAGGCCUGGAUUCGCGAGGCUUCCUCUUUGGACCCGUCCUGGCUCAGCGACUGGGAGUCGGGUUUGUGAUGAUCCGUAAGAAGGGGAAGCUCCCGGGCCGUACAGAGUCCGUCUCCUACACUCUCGAAUAUGGCCAGGCAGAGCUCGAAGUUCAGAGCGACACCGUGGAGCCGGGCCAGAAAGUGAUCUUAAUCGACGACUUGCUGGCCACAGGAGGAACUAUGCGAGCGGCCUGUGAACUGAUGUCCAAGCUGAAGGCCGAGAUCCUGGACUGCGUGGUGCUCAUAGAGUUAAAGUUUCUCAAGGGGGCCGACCUGCUCAAGCCCUUCCCGCUGUAUUCAGUGCUGCAGUACGACUGAGGAGCCCCCUCAGCGCUGCAGCUGCCGGCAAGGUUUUGGGAGACUCUCUUGCCCUGUCUUCAAGCAUCUUUCCGGCUCUGCAUGGCGUUGUGUAUGCCAAUACGCAGGCAAGCGAGCCUCCAUCUGGCUGUGCUGAGAUUUAUUGGCUCUGACGGUAGCUGGGCCCAGCAGCACCCAAGUUCUUUCUGGGACCAAAGCAAACCUAGAAUUCCGAGCUGCCCCUUUUUGUUGGGGCGGACCAGAGAAUCUGGGAGGUCCAUCAGCCUGUCUUGCAGUUUAGACCUUAGACUGAGACUGGUGAGAGCCAGUUUGGUGUAGAGGUUAAGUGCGCGGACUCUAAUCUGGGAGAACCGGGUUUGA